GUCGUGCAGUGAUACGUUUAGGGAUUGCUAGAAGGGCAGCCAGGAAACAAUAAUUAUGCACCGCUUGCGCAAGAAGUCAGACACUAAGCGCAGUCAGGCUGCGGCACCUGUGCGUGCCCAACCUCCAGAACCCAUGCCAACGUUGUCUCUUGCAGACGACUUCCGCACGUCAUUGAUCUUGCCAGACCUCACUCGUCGGUUCAGUCUCCUGCGUUCGUCAUCGGGCACUCCCAUUGCAUUAGAUGACCUGAAGAACAAGUUUGCUGAGCAACGCGCGCGGGGUUCACGUAAUCAAGUCACUGAGGAGGAGGAGGACAUGAUUCUAGAGGCCCUCGGGCGAUUACACGCCAGGGCAGCCGGAGCUAGGAUGCAGGGCGAGCCAUCUGCUCUGGAGCAUGAAGGUGCGGAGACCGAGAAUCAUGAUCCAGGACCGGAUCCGUCAGAUUCGCUCGUGAUGGCGCAGAGCUCUGCUCGGUCGAGCACAGCAGCCGGCUCGCUGCUGUAUAGCACAUCGAUUUCGUCGUCCUCGUCGGGUAAAGCUUCGAAUGCCAGCAGGCGGAUGAGCAACAACCUCUUCGGGUCGGGCAAAUUCCGCGACGAGGCUAUCUUGCGCUCCGCAAACCAGGUUCGGCGUGGCGGUACCAACAGGGCUGGCUUUUCCGUCAUGCCCUCCGACUUACCGAGCGACUUAUCGAGCAUGAGCCCGACGCCUAGUAGCAACGUAGGACCGGAUUCCUCGCUUUUCUCGGAUAGCCACAGCGUGAGGUCCGGAACUCCGGAAGGUAGCACAUACUCACCUGCCAACUCUGUUCCCUCGAGUCCGAGAAUUAACCGCCCUACACAAUCGUCCUUGGCAGCGUCAAACUACGAUCACACUGCGGCAUUGAGUGCGCGUUUGUCCCAGACUCUCACGCCUAACACCUUGAAGCGAGCUUCAUUGGCUUUGGACGAGGUGAUCAGGGAACUGGAAGAGGAGGGCGACGAUGAAAUUCUCAUGGAGCGAUCUCCCGUUAACCACACGUCUACCGGCGUGUUCAACACGUACCUGUCCACGAAUGUUGAACGUAACUCCCCUCUUGCAUCCCCUGCGGACUACGAGGCAGUUACUGCGCUGUCUUCGGAUGAUCAAGUUGUUCACGCGGACCACGACAGCGAACGAUCUCCUUCUAAUCCUCGGUCUGCUACAACAUCGCCAGCUCCUCGUCUUCCUGGAUACAUCCCAGGAAUGCCACGGCCUAUGACUCCUCACGAUAUGGUCAUGGAUUCGGAGGACUGGACACCAUCGACGACUCCACGUGCCACGUCACCUCGUCUUCCCGGCACCUCCCCUUCUCCUAUCAUUUCCCAGAGACUUGCAUCCACUGUCCACAGAAGCAACUCAGUUACCUCUACCUCCCGUCAGUCUUCCACACGAGGAUCUAUCCCCGGUCUUCCGUCGACUCCUCCAUUGUUCUUCAACCGGAGUACGAAUGGAAAAUUCACUCCGGACGACCGACAACGCAGCGGCAGCAGUUCCUCCAGUAACGAGAUGGCUGAAUUGCCAACUCAGGCGCGCCGGCGACCAACGUCUCCACUGUCGUCCAGCUCUCCUUAUCAAUCAUUGGCGGGACCGUCGUCUAGACCUGGUACUCCAUCUAACGUGACGUGGAACACAUCCACAAGCUCCGAAAGCUCGAGAGCAGCCAGCAAGAAUGCCGUAGUCUCAGUGCAUAGCAGGAAUGGAAGCAGUCUCAGUAUCGCAGAUGCAAUUCACGAUGUUCCGGAUCGAUCUGCGUCGGUUGCAAGCUCUGUCCGCUCACCCAUUCUUCCAGAAUCCCCAAUAAUAGAUCGCGGCAUUGGCGCAUCGAACCUACUCUCACCUUCUGAGGUGGGAUAUCGAUCGCCUUCGGCCAUGUCCGCUGCCGACUUGGGAUCGCCUCUCCAGCUUUCCACCAGAUCGAUCCGCUCUCCCACACCGACACAUAGCCGUCACAAGUCUUCCGCUUCGGCUAGUGUUUACGAGCGUACAGCUGACACUACAAAUGGAGACAGCUAUGGUGGCAGUCGGCGCUCUUCCAAACAGAAGCACCAUUCUUCUUUCUCUUGGAGUUCAACGCAUGCACUCCUGCUAUCUCCCAUCGCGAAUUCAUCCAGGUCUUCCAUCGAAUCAGGAGGGUCUAGCUACCAUUCGUGGGAUGAAGGUCACAAAAAGGAUAGGGUGCAUGCGCUUCUGAGCAGCUUAGAUCCGGAGUACACGGAUUGGCAUGAUUUGUCGAACAUGGAUAAGUCGGACAAAUCUGAUUCUUCAACACCUGGUACAUCGCCGUAUGAGGGCUUGGAUAUCGAAGAAGUUGUGUGGCGACAGUCAGGUCUUAAAAAGACUGACUUUGUCGCCAUCCAGGACAAGCUGGUCAGUGCCGCGUUCACCAAGGCGGCAACUCCAGACGGUCGCAACCGCGCGUCUUCCCUCAGGAAGCGACGGCCAUCCACGUCUCAGUCGAACUAUUCGUACAAUGGGACGGACAACAGGGUGACGAGCCCAACCCCGCAACCGCAAAGUCCUUCUUCGGUAGGUCCAGUGACGAACACCCGAGCCGCAGAAACUCAGGCAAAAGCCACUGCGCUCCUUGGCUCUCUGGUAGAUAGUAUCGAGUCGCGAUCUAUUAUGUUGCCGCCUGUCACAAGUUCGCAGAAUGAUGGCUUGGUCGAUCAUGUUUCGAUGGAAACUCAGCUCUCGAGUCCCGGCCGGAGGCAACGCGCCCUUGCGGAUGCUUUAUUCGGGACCACAGAUGAUGCGAAUACGGCGGUCCCCACUGUGCCGCCUCCCCCGUCGGCAGAUCCGGAAGGACCUGUUGCGCGGAAGACUGAGCCUGAGACUGAAGAACCAGACGGGGCAGUAGUGCAGUCACUGCAAACGCAACCACCGACUCCACAGUUGUUCGACACGAAGCCCCUCAGACUUGCCAGUGCGACCGCUCUUCAUACGCACAACCAGGUCGACGCAGCACAACUAGCACUCGAAGUCCGACAGCGCGCAGAGGCUGCUACGGCGGCGUUGAGAAAGUCUCCCUCGAUCCCCAAGAUCACGGAUGCGGCCGGCACGCAGCAUCGCAAGCGCAUCGAUCCUCGUCAGAUUUCAUCCCCAACAUUUCUUUCUUCAUCGAAGAGUGUGGACGGAAUUCCUGUUCGAUCGGCAACGUUGGCGCUCGGUGCGAGCGGAACUGGCAGUAACAGCAAGAUUGGGUCUCGUUUCAAGAGGCUGAGGGGCACCCUCCGACCGAAGGUCCCGUUCCCUUCGCAAGAAGAGCUAGCGCCGGAUUCCUCAUCCUUCCGCCCCGUGCCGCCAGCUCCUGCUAUAACGCAAUCUUCCCCGAACUUACUCAGUCGUGUCGAUCCGGCCAUGGCAACCGUUCCUGUUCCUGUCCCUGUCCCUGUUUCUACCUCGCUGAGCCCUCCGGCAUCAGCAACGCCGGGCCUUAAAGGAUUCAUGGCACGUUUCCGCAAGCAGAGAGCGGCUGAUGCGUACCCGUCACCUCAGCGGCAACGAGCGUUGCAGCCUUCCAGUGCGUCGGUCUCAAUUUAUCAAGGGAAUGGUAGUGUACAUGGGAGACCCUCAUGGUCUGCACCUGCGACGAAGACAGGCUUCACUGCUGAGUCAACCCCUGCUUGUACGUCAUUGGGAUCAUCACCGCAGUCGUCGCCGUAUAUGGGACCUGAAUCUGAGUUGAAGAGAUUCUCACAAUCCCACAGUCAACCUCUGAUCGACGAGGCUGCAUUGAAGCAGCUAUUUGAUGCUGCAACGAACUUGGGAUUGGAUCAAGCGGCCUUGAAUGACUUGCUUGCUCGUUCUCCCUCAACGUCUUCCAAGCUGAUGAGAGGGCCUUCUGUGAACGAAAGUCCGAAAAAUCGCUAUCGUGGAGCUCAGAGAAGUGACAGCCCUGAGCCUGCGGCAGUACCACCCUCCGGAGGCAGGCCCAGCGUUGAUAACGUCUCUCGCAGACCCUCACUAGACGCCACAACGUCUACGACAAAGAAAUCUCUUGAAGCGACCAUUCGAACACCGCGCAUCAAUGUUUCGGACAACGUACAGAACACAAUCGUGCGGAGAACGAUAAUUAUGCCGUCCGAUACCAUGCCUCCCUCGCUUGACUUCAAUAUGCUUCUGCGGAAACAAUCCGCAUCGAAACGCCGUCGAUCGGCUGGCGCCAGUUCUAUUCAAUCCGCUCGUUCCAUCCAUGACCGCGUACCAACACCACCUCCGCACAAGGCUGCCAGUGGUGGGCGUUUCUCUGCCGACGGGUCUCCUCCUGUGCCACAAUUGCCACCCUCGUUUUCUCAAGCUGAUCAUACCGGCUCUCCUAUGCAAGUUGAACAAUCUAAUUCUGUUACGGACUCCGUAUAUGAAAUGUAUACCAGUGAUAAUCGGGCGUUGACGCCGAGCAACCUGGAACCGCACGGUCGGGCAACUCCUUCAUACCCGCAAAAUCAAGCUGCGUCUGAGAACGGCCCUGCUAUCGAAGUGAUUGAGAUGGCGAAUGGCGAGAUGAUCUGGUCUAUCGUCAAUGGCUUGCGAGAUGACGAUGGAGAGUCCGUAUUCGAUGAUCGUGCAAGCUUCGUUUCGGAGUACUCUCGCCGAGAUUCCAACAACGAAGGCUUGAAGUUGUUUUUCAAGGGUCAUGAGAAGAAGUCGUCUAAAGGGAGCAAUGUAUCCUUCUCGCCUCGCAAGAAGCAGUCUUUGAAGAGUACUUCGGCAGUCCGCCCAGAGACGAAGGUGUUUUUCAGUUCCUCGGCACACAUCGGACAGCUGAUUGAGAAUCUCUCACGUGGGGUUGAUUCUGGUUCGUUCAAUGUCGCACCGGAACAACCGCAAGCGUCCGUUGGUCACUCUGCCUCAUCAUCGAUUGGUUCAGAUGCAGAGAUGCGCUGGACAGUUGAGGAGAGACUUGAGCAUAUGCUUGGAGCAAUGGGGUCUGCUGCUUGAAACCGUAGUGUGAUUCUUGGACAUUUUGCGUGCUAUGAUCUUAUUGUUAAUCUGCUUUACCCCCAUUCUUACAUAAUACCUGUCGCUUUGUAGCCCGCUCGCUUUGAUCCGGGAAUAUGUACUGAUCACAUCGGGUCUUCCAUGCAAAGAAUUGUGUCUAAACAUGCUGCAUGACACAGUAGCCCAUCGAUGCGAUGUAUCUUCCGCGCUGGCUAAAGGCAAAUAGCAUUAAGCUAACGCGACUGGCGCUCGCAAUGCCAUCCACCUAUUA